GGCGCUGAUCAGCGCCAGCUGCAUGCUCGAUCGACGAUCGAACAGACUCGACGAGGACAUCUACGAGACGGUGGCCAGUGACGAGAGGUCCUUGGAGUUCCUCGCUGCGUCCAGGGAUACGGCAUACGACUCGCGAUCGACGUCGAGGAUCGUCGAUUACAGGAGACGAUACGACGAUCUACGCGCGCUAGAGUACACGGAGACCGCGUUGAACGAGCCAGCCAGCGAGCUGCAGGACUACAGCAGCAGCAGCGCGAACAGCCUCGACGAUCUAUGCCGCGGUCAUCCCCCGAUGAUCACCGAUUUCGGUCAUGCGGAGACGACGAACAACCACGAUCACUACAUGGUGCCCACCCACGAUCCCCGUGAACUGAACGAGCGGAUCCUCUCGCUGUUCAAUCCGCAAUUCCUGCCGAAUUUCAACGACAUGAUCAUGUACGUGGCCAGCCAAUGCGACGCGAGACGCAGCCCGCCGCCCAGGUCGCGAUCGAUGGCCGACGGUGACAAUCGGUUCUUCAGGAGCUCGAGCUACCGGAAGAAACGCGUCGGGGCGAACUCGAUGUUCUUCCGGCGCGGACUGACCUACGAGGCGGCGCGCAAGUGACACCGGGUGUUCUCUCUCGAACUGAGACGGAGGAUCCACGGUUGGAUCGACGGGGCGAAACGCGAGACCUGAGGACCCCGUCUCGCGGAAUUUUAUUUCACAACGAUCGUUUCGUUCGAAGAUGUUUCCCUCGCAAGGAGCAACGCGGACGGGACUCCGGGUCAACGCUUUAACGGUCGUCGACGAAAACUAAGCAAACGAGUGUCGAGACCACCGAGUGUUUGAGGUACCUAGUGUCCGGCGUUGCCUAGAACCUUCGAAUGUGAUGUUUCCGCGGGAAUGAUCACCUUUUUCGUCGUCGUUCGUCGCGGAGAACGACCGUGCUUCCGGUAUCCCGUGCAGAGACACGCGAACGUCGAAUUAUUUUUUUAAACGCUCCCCCCAUCCGACUGUCCUUCCGCGCGACAGACGCAACCAAGGCGCUCGGGAGCUAAGAUCGCGCAGAAACCCAGACCCGGUUCCACGGGUUCUUCCUUUCCGUUUCUCAACAGUACGGCAAUGGAGGGAUACACACGGGAGAUGAAGGGACGGACGAGCAAACAAACGGACGAUGGAACGAAGGAUUCGGCUCGUAGUUGUGCAAUGUGAUACGAUCAGAGGAGAUUGUGUUCGUAGCAGUGGCCUGUUUAGGUGCUUAGUACCGCGGUGAUUUAAGGACGAAGACGAAGCGUCCCGGCGCGGGGACGUCGUUUCUCAAACCGCCCCUUCUGCCCAAGUUUCGAACGCGAUCAACGAAACUACCAGAUAAAAAGUCUCGCGAAACAGCACGAUUAAUUGUAAUCGGCGAGACCCGCUUCCUGGAAACAUUUCAACUGGAAAAUGUUUCAACGUCGAAAGGAAACUUUUUACAGCCACGGACGUAACGACUUUUCGUACAAAAAUUUGUACAACCGUUCAAACGAUAAUUUGUAAAGCGUGUAAAGUCGUUGUACAGUCUGUCGGAAGACGCCGCCAUUUUGAAUAGCAGUCUGUCGUUCCAGCGUAACCUGCGAUUUGAGGUUUACUCGAACUAUCGAAUUUCCGUUUCAAGAAAAUUGGCAUAUCGAUGAUGAAAAACAUUAAGAUUUCGUAAACUUCUGAGCACAUAAAGUUUAAAGUUAGAAAUAACAUUACAUCGCUCGGUUUUAAAACACAAAAAUUGACAGAAGCGACUUCGUGCCAAGAACUUCAGCAAAACAGUAAAAACGCGGUUAUUGAAACUCGGAAAAAUACUAAGAAACUUUGUAUACUAAUAAAUUCAAUUGUUUAUGGAUUUGACGUUUAUUUAAAAAUUUUAAAAAUAGUACAUGGUAUAUAGUUUAUAAUUUUAUUUGGAUGAUAAAACUUGUAAUAUAGCUUUAUUCUGCAACGAUAUCGACUUAUGUACGGGAUCGUUUUAUUACUAACAGUAAAAUUUUCAGCAUAAAUGAAUAUAUGAAUGUAAGAGAUCUUAAGUAUUUAUAACUUCAUUUACAUUUUCACGAAAUAUGGUCACGAUAGUUCCAGUUUUCCUAGGGUACAUGAAUGUAAAUCUUGAUGAAAGAAAGAGAAAUACGUUCUUUUGACUUAGGUAGCAGUAUAGAUCCUGGUGCAUAUACCUUAAUUCGACCCUGUCUUUAGUCGAUCAGCCUUUUUCGAUACAAGGAAAUGAUAGUAGGAGUAGACUCUGAUCGUACGGUGGAUCGUUACGUCUAUGGCUACUGUUUCAAAUACGGAUGGAUAAGAGUUUGAGGAACGUCGACUCGCCAAGGGACGUUUCAAGCGUUCGUGCGAGACGAAGGCGUGCCUUCCGUAUAUUAAUUGUUGGCAAAUUUCUGAUCUAUAACAGAAAUGGGAGAAUGCGGGCCGGUAUAGAUUCGGGCAAGUGCCUCAUUUAUGCGUUUUGUUUAAAACAUAUUCGAUAGGAAGGAACGAUGCGAGAAAGAACGAGAGUGAAAGAGAGGGUGAGAGAGAGACUAAUGUAAGACUUAUACGAGUAUUGUUGUGCACUUAUUGCCGUGCUGUGAGUAUUGGUAAAUAGCAAGAGAGAAUCGUGGUACUGAAGCACGUUAUUAGUAAAGAAACAUUGCCGCGUACUCGCGGCGUCUUCGAGGAGUAUGUAUUUUUGGCUGGGACGUGUUAAAUCGAUAUAUACCUGUUUGGCGAGUGUUCCGAGAGAAGCGUGGAGAUCUUUUUAAUGUAAACGAACGCUGCGUUGCAAAUGAGUCUACUAUUAUUACAGACGAUCCUGCGCAGGGAAAGCGAAAACGAGGUCCGUGGGCAAAAUGGAGCGCGUCGUGAAAUCUGUUCAAGUUUUAACUAUACAGGCGCGCGAAGAUAUUCGAACGUUUUUAAAUCAAACGUUGGCAGUUAAAACAAAAUAUUAUAUUACUAACGUACAAGUUAUACACAUCAGAUUUGAAGUAUAUUGCAAUGUAUAUCAAUUUUUCACUAAAAACUUUCAUUGUUUUGAACUUCCAUUGUUUUUAAUUUUCUGAAAAUUCCCGCUCGUAAAUAUUGAAUCGAGACGAGAUCGUUCGAAUACGUUUGCGAGCCUGUGUACAUAAAAAAAAAAAAAAGAAGAGUUAAUAUAUAAACGUACGUUGAUGGAAAUUUUAUUAUUUGCUCGGUCUGACGCGAACCCGAGCGGUUCCCGGGUGCAAGUACUUUCGAAACUUUCGAGAAGCGGACUCGACGCUUGGAAUUGAUCGCGUUCGCCUGGCUUAAUUGACGCUUUGAUCAACGUAUUCGUGGGACUCAUUUUCACGGUGUUUCCGUUAAUGCUCGUACUGCAUGUUUAUCCGACACCUUAGCGAAAACUUGGUAGCGUGUGCCGGAGCUCUCUGCGACAAAGUAUCAUCGAAGAAGCUCGGUCGAGUGACGCCAAGGGGUCUCAGCGUUGUUUGGUGAGAUGCCUUUGACAAUGGCGUAAAUCGGUCCUUACCAGCGUGUAAUAGCGAACACUGGGCGUAUUUCCUUUGCAGUUUAACCGCGGAUAGAGUGCCUGCGAGAAGCAGCGGCUAACGUUUGUCCCAGAUAUCAAGAGAAGAUGGAAAGAGAACAAAGGAGAAAUGUAGAUCGAGUAACGCGACCGCGAUACUCUUUAUAAGUCGCGCUCGAUGGUCUAGAAUCGGUUGGGGAACGCGACGCGUGUAAAUACACGGAUACGCGUAAACGAACCGGAAAAAAAAGACUUACAAUUAGCUUUAAUCAUAUGCGUAUUAGUAUGUAACGAGAGAAAUUCUAGAAUGGUUAGAUCGUUAGGGAUUUAUCUUUCGUUUUUUCUACAUCGGUUGGAUAUAUAACGUUGGCCUCUUUUCAUCGAUUACUUGGUAUCGUAGCGGACGGGCGUGCCCGGUCGCAUGUUAACCAACACUGCCGCGCCAAUUCUAACGUGCUUCGAACAAAGAAACAGUAAGAUCAAGUUAACAAAUUA